UCGCAGAGUCUCGAGUGCAAGUGCAGAGCGUGUUUUCCAUUUUGGCAGUGCAUUACUUAUACAGAGAUUGGUGAAAACGGUUCGACAUUGAUUAUUGAUUCUAAACUUGGCAGAAUGAUGAAAUUGCCCUUAAGCUUGGCGAUUCUGCUGUUGGCGGCCCACUGUGCGUAUGCGCAACAUCAGGACUACACCACUCCGGUGCCGAUUCUCAAGCAGAUCGACAAGCACAACGACGAUGGUUCCUACACUUAUGGAUACGAGGCGGCGGACAAGAGUUUCAAGAUCGAGACCAAGUACGCCAACGGAGAGGUCUAUGGAAAGUAUGGCUAUGUGGAUGACCAAGGCAAAGUGCGGGAGAUCGAGUACGGAGCCAGUAAGCGUGGCUUUGAUCCCGCUGGCAGCCACAUCAAUGUGCCACCUCCGACUUUGACUAAUAGUAACCCCUACCCAUUGGGACCCAAUGAGCUGGAUGACGGUCAGUAUCGCGAGGAUCCAGCGGUGUACUACAAGGAUCAGAAGUUCAAUCGCCCCCUGUCACCUGCCAGUAAAUUCAGCUUGAAUGAUUUUGGACGUGGUCAGCAGCAGGCCUACGCCCCGCCCCCACAACAACCCGCUCCUCAGAGACCCUACUACAAUCCCGCACCUCAGUACUAUAACCCCCCGUCUCCGCAGCCCCGUUACUAUCAGCCUCCUGCCCAGAACUACUAUAAUCCACAGCAGCAGCAACCGUAUAGGGGUUUGCCUGAGCAACACCAUCCGUCUCUUCGUAACCUGAACCUCUACACGGGUUCCUAUAGCAUCGAUUAUACGGGCCGGAAGUAGGGAGGACCUUUUGGAGGGGGGAUCACCUUUGAGUUGGACCAGAGAGUCAGCGACUGAAGUGUCCGAGGACAAUGUCAACUUGUUACUGCCAAAAAAAUCAGUCACUCCGCACACCCCACAUAUAUCUAUUAAUGUCCACUGUUUAUAUAUGUUUUUGUAUGUGUGUAAUAAAUCGAGUUUCAAGACCUGAAGCGUUUACAGAGAAAA